AUGCUCUUCUCGACGCUCGUUACCCCCCUCCUCGCCCUCGGGGUCUCCGCUGAACCCCGCCGCCGCCCCGUGGCCAACAAGGAGCACGCGCGCCGCGCACUAGCCUCUCGGAACGAGGAGCGGACCCUCGUUAAGCGCUUCGGAGGCCAGGCGACGUACUACGAUACUUCAGUCGGGACGCUCGCUUGCGGCGGCACCGGUAACAACGAGGCUUACAUUGUCGCACUCAACUCGGCCCAGUACGGAUCAGGGUACCCUGGCCCGCAGUGCUUCAAGACGCUGACGAUCACGGCGAACGGCGUGACUGUCAGCGGAGUGCAGGUCGUUGACGAGUGCCCGACCUGCGCAUAUGGCGACCUCGACCUGUCUCCGGGUCUUUUUCGCCGUUUCGAAAGCCAGAGCAACGGUAUCUUCAGGCUCUCGUGGGAGUGGGAUGACGGCAAGCCCCAGCCAGAGCCGACCUCGACAUGGACGCCAGAGCCGACCUCCGAGACCUCGUCUACUUCCACCACCAUCUCUUCAACUACAUCCUCAAGCACUACGACGGCCUCGUCGUCUACCAUCACCUCGAGCAUGUCCCUGUCGGCCAACACGACCUCGACUGCUUCGCUGAACAGCACUCUCUCCGCCUCCCUCUCUGUCUCCUCAACCGCCAGUCUCAACGCCACGGUCUCAAUCACCGACGCCAACCCCAAGGCCUCGGCUGCGGCUGCCUCUGCGCAGACUGGCCUGGUUGUCAUCGCAGGUGAGGGAGACGCUGAGGGCGGUGUGCUCGGCGAGGUGAGCCAGAUCGUCGCAAGGGUCGGAUAUAUGGUCGUCUCGGCGGCACUGGUCUAA